AUGAGGUCGAGUUAUUCACCUCGAAACUGGAGAUCUUUCCAGUAUCUUCCCAAACGUCUCUAUUCUGGAGCUCAUAAUCCCCCGCCCUGGAGGCCCGUUUCUGCAGUCGAUGAAUGGGUGGAGAGAGCUAUUAGACCUAUUAGUCUUCGCCAGUUGACCUUUUUUGGCCGUACCUUGACCGAACCACGCUUGAUCAGCUCUGCCAAUUACGUGCGGACUGAGCUCCCGACUCGGCUUGCGCACCGUCUGCGAGACAUUCAACAGCUGCCCUAUGUGGUGGUUGCUAACCCGCACCUCACCCUAGUAUACGAAUUGUACUACAAAGCGUUCGAGAAGGCCCGUGUGAUCCCCGAGAUCAGGAGUCUCGAAGACAAUGAUCGUUUUUGUGAUAUCCUCAAGGACAUGCUGAAAGAGCAUCUCGUGGUGAUUCCAAAUCUAGCGAUGGGGGUGUUGGAGUGCCGGAAUCUCGCUCCGGCAGAUAAGAUGGACCGGCUGAUGAACACAUUGCUGCGAGCGAGAAUAUCUCGCCGAGUUAUCGCAGAACAACACCUCGCGCUGACCGAAACCUUCAACUCGCCAUGGCAUUUCCCCGAUUCUCACGACCGGACCGACAUGAAUGCAGACUUUGUGGGAGAAGUGUUCCUCAAAUGCAAGGCGAAGGAGGUGGUCGAGCGAUGUGGGAAAGUCGCACAAGAUCUGAUGUCGAAGACCUCGGGGUCAAGUCAGAUCCCCGCCAUCACCGUCCAAGGCCAUACAGAUGCGACUUUCCCAUAUAUUCUGAGUCACUUGGAAUACAUCAUAGGAGAGCUUCUCCGCAACUCGGUACAAGCGGUUAUGGAGAAGUACCAAGAUUCGACUGAACCACCUCCACCCAUCGAAGUGCUCGUGUGUGAAACCCCACAGCACGUGAUAAUGCGAAUUUCCGAUCAGGGAGGCGGAAUCCCACGAGAGAUCCUUCCUUAUCUCUGGUCAUUUAGCAAGGGUCCUCGCACGCAGACCCGGCUGGAAAAUCUUGGACAGGUCCCCGCUAUGGCGGCUACUAUGCAAGAACUGCAGGUGUCACACGAGCGCAAAUAUGCUGAUCGAGAAUCGAAUUUCCUGUCAUACCAUGAAGGAUCCUUGGACACAUUGACGUCACGACCGCCUAAUCUUAGACUUGGAAUGGGAUUGCCCAUGAGCCGAGUAUAUGCUGAAUACUGGGCAGGUAGCCUAGAACUGCACAGUUUGGAAGGGUAUGGAGUGGAUGCAUUCCUGCAGAUUUCGAAGCUGGGCAAUAAGAACGAGCAGGUAACUACUCGGGCAGCGAUUGACGCAGUGUAG